AUGUCUGAAACAUCAGCUUGCCCCCUUAAUGAUUUCUUUGAUAUAGAUGAAGAAAAUGACUUAGAUGAAUUAAAAAAAGAGGAUACACAAAUAUAUAAUGGCAAUUUUUUAACUUAUAUUUAUAAACAAUUAGAAUGCUGCUGUCUAAGUUUUUUUGAUGAGUUAGAGAAGAAAAAUAAAAGAAAAAAUAUUACAUUGAAGAAAAAUUAUUUAGAAGACUACAAUAAAAAUAAAAAAAAUAUAUAUGAAUUUAGUGUAUUUGAUAAAAUACUUAAAAAAAAUGGAGAUUUAAUUACGAAAGUCCCCUUAGAUUCAAAAUAUUUUAAUCCUCAUGCAGAUUGGUGUGAAUGUGCUCAUGAAUUAGAGGUAGAACUAAAUAGUGAAGAAGUGGAAUUUUGCAUUUUUCAUUUUUUUUUGAAAAUGUAUAGAUCUGAAUCAAGAGAUAAAGAUUUGCUUUUAUCUAUUAUUUUAGAAUGCUUAUAUUCUAAAAAAGAUUUUAAAAAAGAGUAUUAUGGGCAAAGAGGAGAUUUUAAAUUUUUAAAAGAAAUAAAAAACAUAGAAACUAGUAACUUUAAAGAAUCCUUAAAUGAGUUAGUUAAUAUAAUUGAAAAUACUAAUUUUACUGAAUGUAAUAGAAAUAAAGAGAUAAAAAAUAAUGGAAAUAAAAAAAGCAAUGAGAAAUUUUAUUUUAAAUUAUAUGUUAUUAUAAAAAUAAGAUAUUCUUACGGGAUUUAUAUAUUCAAUUGCGAUGAUACAUAUGAUAUAGUCGUUAUUGAUUGCAAUACCUUUAAUAAGAAUAAGCCAAAAAUAAUGAGUUUUUUUUCAAUUCGAAAAUUUAUAUCCUUUUUGAAUAAUGUUUAUUCAAUCAAUUUUAGUGAUGAACACACAUAUGGAUCAUUUCCUAUAAUUGUUUAUGAGUCUAGAGAAUGCUAUGCUUCAUCAUAUAACCAUUUGCCUCUUAAAUCUAGCGUAUGCAAAAAAAAAAAAAAGAUAAAAAAAAAAAAUGUUCUAGAUGAAAAAUCAAAAGAAAGUGAAGAAGAUGAAGAUGAAGAUGAAGGUGAUGAUGAAGAUGACGAUGAAGAUGAUGAAGAAGAUAAAGAUGAAAAAAGAAAUGAUAAGGAAAAUGAAAAAGAAGGAAUCAAAAACGAAAAAAAGGCAAUGAUAUAA